UAAACAAGGUUGUUGAGAGUUAUUUUCAUAGUUUUCCUGUUUCAGCUGACAGAUCGUCGUCACCACGUGUCACAAUGUCGGCCGACCUGCAGUGGAUGAUCAUCAGGAAUAACUCCUCCUUCUUGUUGAAGAGACCCGGCCUCACCGUCAGCACGGAAAGAAACAAUUUGAAGAACAUCAACUCUUUCCGCUACAAUGGUCUGAUCCGCAGGAAAACUGUUGGCGUGGAGCCAGCAAAAGACGGAAAGGGCAUUGUCAUGGUCACCAGAAAUGCAACGGGCACCCGCAAACCCAACAAAGCUUUCACUCGCGUUGAGAUGAAGCGAGAUCCUCGCCGGACAUUUGCUACCGUCAGGAAAACCAUCCGACGAAACAAGUACAGGAAAGACUUGAAGAUGGCUGCAGUGCGGCGGGCCAGCGCCAUCAUCCGGAGCCAGAAGCCUAUUGUUGUCAAGAAGGCUGGACGGGCAAAGAGGGAUUAAAAUACAAGCAAGAAAAAUUGUAAAUACAGAUAAUAAACUGUCUGGGUGAA